AUGAUAACAAAUCAUAAUGACCAUUGUGCAACCAUUCACUUAGAACCAUAUAGCAAGUGCACUGAAAUAUUAAGACUAUGGCAAUGUAAAGAUAAAAUUUGCACGGAGAAGAUUAAAGAAAGUAUGAGUUUAUUUAUCAAGGAUGAGAAUAAUGAACACAAUGGACCUGAAAUCGUUGGGAAUAUAAAAAAAAACUCGUUCAUAGCUACAAGUAUACGUCAAUUAAUCUAUCAGUUAUCAAACAACUACAAAUACAUAGAAAACACUAGCCAUCGUUUUGUUACCAUUCGGUAUUAG